GUCCGAACCAAAAAAAUUCAACCCAGAAAAAAAAAAAAAAAAUUCCAGCCGGAAGGCAACUGUAAUCUGUAAAUUUGUAAUCAAAAUCUAAGCAGCAAAACGGUGAAGUCACUGAAGAUAGUGACAGCAAAACAACAACUUUCCUUUAACAAAUUUCAUCCAUCUCUGAAAUUUUCAAGCUCUGUGUUUUUUUUUUUUCUUUUUGGGCAAAAAAAUUUCCAGUGAAACCCAAACUGUCGGUGGACCAUUGGAAGAGAUUACUACAAUACAGCCAUCCAAAGGCACCUUCAUUCCUUUGAUCUCUUCCUCUUCUCUCUCUCUCACACACACACACACUCGCAGACACACAUGGUUCUUGUCGCUUUUCUUCUCUUUCUUCCAGAGCGCGUGUAAAUUCUGUCACUCUUAUUGGGUUGUCAUUUUAUUAAACUUCUAUCAAUUCUAUUCAAUCAAAUUCAUUUCUUUUUUUGGUGGGUUGUUUUUGUUCCUCCUUCGCUUGUCUACUACGAAACCUCUUUUACUCGAGUUCAUCACAUCACACCCACAGUGUGUGCAAAAUCAAUUACACCCUGAAGAAGGAAAAGGGGGAAACAAGAAAAAGAAGACUGAAAGUUUGUAUCUUGGUCGGUUAAUUGCUACAUUACACACUCCCUUCAUGACCAUUUGAUCUAGAAAAGAAGGCGAAGCUGAGCUAAGUAGUUAGCUUCAGCUGCGAAGUGGGGUGAGUCAGAUCUAAGGUGAAGAUCUCUGGAUCACAGUAAAGCUGGCGGCAACACUUGCUUGGAGGUUUCCUGCCACCAAUGGCAGCAGCCUUCCCUCCGGUGACUUGGAGAGAAAUGGGGAUGUCAAACCCCAAGAUCAAGAGCCCCCAACUCCUCAUUCUCUCAUGAAGAUGGGUUCAAGGGAGCGUAGUAACAUGGAGGAUCCAGAUGGGACACUAGCAAGUGUUGCCCAGUGCAUUGAGCAAUUGCGGCAGAACUCUUCAUCAGUACAGGAAAAAGAACAUUCCUUGAGGCAAUUGCUAGAUCUUAUUCAGUCUCGCGAAAAUGCUUUCAGUGCAGUUGGAUCUCAUUCUCAGGCAGUUCCAGUGCUUGUGUCACUUCUUCGUUCAGGUUCACUUGGAGUAAAGAUGCAGGCCGCUACAGUCUUAUGUUCUUUAUGUAAAGAGAAUGAAUUGCGGGUAAAAGUACUACUCGGAGGUUGUAUACCUCCACUGCUUGGUCUUCUGAAAUCAAGUUCAGCAGAAGGGCAGAUUGCAGCCGCGAAGACUAUACAUGCUGUAUCUCAAGGUGGUGCAAAGGAUCAUGUUGGCUCAAAAAUCUUUUCAACUGAAGGAGUUGUGCCAGUUCUGUGGGAACAACUACAAAAGGGCCUGAAGGCUGGAAAUGUUGUUGAUGACUUACUUACUGGUGCUUUACGAAACCUGUCUACCAGCACAGAGGGAUUUUGGCCAGCCACUGUAGAAGCUGGAGGAAUUGAUAUACUUGUGAAAUUGCUAAAAACUGGGCAACCAAGUACUCAAGCUAAUGUAUGUUUUCUCCUGGCAUGUAUGAUGAUGGAAGAUGCAUCAAUUUGUUCCAUGGUCUUGGCAGCAGAAGCUACAAAACAGCUACUCAAAUUACUCGGGCCUGGAAAUGAAGCCUCUGUUAGAGCAGAAGCUGCCGCAGCUCUUAAAUCUCUUUCAGCACAGUCUAAGGAGGCAAGGCGUGAGAUAGCUAAUUGCAAUGGAAUACCUGCUUUGAUAAAUGCUACAAUAGCUCCCUCAAAAGAAUUCAUGCAGGGUGAAUUUGCUCAAGCAUUGCAGGAGAAUGCAAUGUGUGCGCUAGCUAACAUUUCCGGUGGUUUGUCAUAUGUCAUCUCAAGUCUUGGUCAGAGCCUUGAAUCAUGCUCUUCUCCUACACAGGUGGCUGACACACUUGGAGCUUUGGCUUCAGCGCUUAUGAUAUAUGACAAUAAAGCAGAAAACGCAAGAGCUUCUGAUCCUGAGGAGGUGGAGCAGACACUUGUCAAGCAGUUCAAACCUCAAUUGCCAUUUUUGGUGCAGGAGCGUACCAUAGAAGCCCUUGCCAGUUUGUAUGGAAAUUUUGUCCUCUCUAAUAGACUUGCAAAUUCUGAUGCCAAAAGGUUGCUUGUUGGUUUAAUUACCAUGGCAACUAAUGAAGUUCAGGAUGAGUUGAUUAAGUCUCUUCUCAUUCUCUGCAAGGAUGAAGGUAGUUUGUGGCAUGCCCUUCAGGGUCGUGAAGGGAUUCAACUAUUGAUAUCACUUCUUGGUCUUUCAUCAGAGCAGCAACAAGAGUGUGCCGUUGCGUUGCUCUGUCUUUUGUCGAAUGAGAAUGAUGAAAGUAAAUGGGCCAUAACAGCUGCUGGUGGAAUACCUCCACUUGUUCAAAUCCUGGAGACAGGAUCUGCGAAAGCGAAGGAAGAUUCUGCUACAAUACUUGGGAACCUAUGUAACCAUAGUGAAGACAUAAGAGCAUGUGUUGAAAGUGCUGAUGCUGUUCCAGCUCUACUAUGGCUACUAAAGAAUGGUAGCUCUCAUGGAAAGGAGAUUGCUGCAAAGACUUUAAAUCAUUUGAUUCACAAAUCAGAUACAGCUACGAUCAGUCAACUUGCUGCAUUAUUGACCAGUGAGCUACCUGAAUCCAAGGUUUAUGUAUUGGAUGCACUAAAAAUGCUGCUUUCUGUGGCCCCCCUCAAUGAUAUGCUACGAGAAGGCAGUGCAGCAAAUGAUGCAAUUGAGACGAUGAUAAAAAUCUUGGGUUCUAAUAAGGAGGAGACUCAAGCUAAGUCUGCUUCAGCUCUUGCUGGAAUCUUUGAAUUGAGGAAGGACUUGCGUGAAAGCAAUGUCUCUGUUAAGACUCUUUCAUCAGUGAUUAAACUACUCAAGGAAGAAUCAGAUAGCAUCUUAAUGGAGUCUUGUUCAUGCCUUGCUGCGAUAUUUCUUUCAAUCAAAGAGAACCGGGAUGUGGCCACUAUUGCUAGAGAUGUGUUGCCUUCAUUGGUGGUGCUUGCUAACUCUUCAGCCUUGCAAGUGGCUGAGCAGGCUGUAUGUGCUUUGGCAAAUCUUCUUUUGGAUCGUGAAGUUUCAGCCAAAGCUGUUCCAGAAGAAAUAGUGUUGCCUGCUACAAGAAUUUUGCGUGAUGGAAAAACUGCUGGAAAGACCCUUGCUGCAGCAGCAAUUGGCCGACUUCUCCGAGCUCGUCCAAUUGAUCCUUCCUUAACUGAUUGUGUAAAUCGUUCAGGGACAGUUCUCGCUUUAGUUUCUUUCCUUGAAUCUGCAGAUGCCAGUUCUCACGCUAUGUCAGAGGCAUUAGAUGCUCUUGCUUGUCUCUCUAGGUCAGAGGGUGCUAAUGGACGAAUUAAACCUGCGUGCGCUGUGCUUUCAGAGUUUCCAGAUAGCAUAACACCAAUAGUUGUGUGCAUUCCUGAUGCAGCUCCAUCAUUGCAGGACAAAGCAAUAGAAAUAUUAUCAUUACUCUGCCGCGCUCAGCCCAUUGUUCUUGGAAAUGCAGUUGUUUCUGCCCCUGGAUGCAUUUUGGCAAUUGCAGAACGGGUUGUCAAUUCUUCUGAUGCAAGGAUCAAAAUUGGAGGAAGUGCACUGCUCGUCUGUGUUGGAAAAGUAAAUCACCAGAGACUAGUUGAAGAUUUGAAUGUGUCCAGUUUAUGCACCCGACUCAUUCAAUCCCUUGUAGGAAUGCUGAACUCUAUUGAAUCUUCAGAUGAUGAAGAUAAGAGUGGUGAAGAUACCAUAAGCAUUUCCAGGAAUAUUGAAGAUGAAGCAAGUAAUGAAGAAAUGGUGAAGAACACAUCAGUGAUUUCUGGAGUCAACAUAGCAAUCUGGCUGCUUUCUGCUCUUGCUAGCCGUGAUGACAAGUGUAAAAUUCAGAUUAUGGAAGCAGGUGCACUGGAAGUUCUCACUGAUAAAAUCUCCCAGUCUCUCUCACGCUACUCCCAGAAUGAUUUUAGCGAGGACAACAGCAUAUGGAUGUCUGCCUUGUUAUUAGCAGUUCUGUUUCAAGAUAGAGAUAUCAUCAGGGCACAUGCAACAAUGACAGCUGUUCCAGUACUUGCUAAUUUACUAAAAUCAGAGGAGUCAGCUAGUAGGUACUUCGCUGCUCAAGUUAUGGCCAGCCUUGUUUGUCAUGGCAGCCGAGGAACUCUUCUAUCUGUUGCAAAUUCAGGGGCAGCAGUUGGACUUAUAACCUUGCUUGGCUGUGCUGAUGGUGACAUUCAAGACCUGCUAGAAUUGUCAGAAGAAUUCUUUUUGGUGCGUUAUCCAGACCAGGUUGCUCUAGAAAGAUUGUUUAGGGUAGAUGAUAUAAGGGUCGGUGCUACCUCUAGGAAAGCCAUACCUGCUUUAGUUGAUUUGCUAAAACCAAUUCCAGAUCGUCCAGGCGCUCCUUUUCUGGCUCUGGGACUACUUAUCCAACUCGCUAGAGAUUGCCCUUCUAACAAGAUUGUUAUGGUCGAAUCAGGGGCAUUGGAAGCUCUGACUAAAUAUUUGUCAUUGGGUCCUCAAGAUGCCACCGAGGAAGCUGCUACUGAUCUCCUUGGUAUUUUAUUCAGCACUGCCGAAAUUCGGAGACAUGAAUCUGCCUUUGGAGCUGUUGGUCAACUUGUGGCUGUCUUACGCUUAGGUGGAAGAGCUGCAAGGUAUAGUGCUGCUAAGGCCUUGGAAAACCUUUUCACUGCUGACCAUAUAAGAAAUGCUGAAUCUACAAGGCAAGCUGUUCAACCAUUGGUGGAAGUUCUGAACACUGGUUUGGAGAAAGAACAACAUGCUGCUAUUGCUGCACUUGUUAGGUUGCUAAGCGAGAAUCCAUCUAGAGCCCUAGCUGUGGCAGAUGUUGAGAUGAAUGCUGUAGAUGUUCUUUGCAGGAUCCUCUCAUCCAACUGCUCUAUGGAAUUGAAGGGAGAUGCCGCUGAACUGUGCUGUGUUUUAUUUGGAAAUACAAGAAUUCGAUCCACAAUGGCUGCAGCUCGCUGUGUUGAACCCCUUGUUUCUCUCCUUGUAAGUGAGUUUAGUCCUGCUCAUCAGUCUGUUGUCCGUGCAUUAGAAAAACUACUAGAUGAUGAGCAACUAGCAGAGCUGGUUGCUGCACAUGGUGCAGUUAUCCCUCUUGUUGGCCUCCUCUAUGGUCGGAAUUAUUUGCUUCACGAGGCUAUCUCCAGAGCUCUCGUAAAGUUGGGUAAGGACAGGCCCGCUUGCAAGAUGGAAAUGGUGAAAUCUGGGGUGAUUGAGUGUGUGCUUGACAUCCUUCACGAAGCUCCUGAUUUUCUAUGUGCCGCUUUUGCUGAAUUACUGAGAAUACUCACCAAUAAUUCUACAAUUGCUAAGGGUUCAUCUGCAGCAAAAGUAGUUGAGCCUUUGUUUGUUAUGUUAACAAGGCUAGACUUUGGGCCUGAUGGACAACACAGCACUUUGCAGGUUCUUGUUAACAUCUUGGAGCAUCCGCAAUGCCGUGCCGACUACAAUUUAACAGCUCACCAAGCUAUAGAACCACUAAUCCCUUUGCUAGAUUCCCCUGCUUCUGCUGUUCAGCAGUUGGCAGCUGAGCUUCUUUCUCAUGUUCUUCUGGAAGAACAUCUCCAAAAGGAUCCAGUAACACAACAAGUCAUUGGUCCUCUUGUGCGAGUUCUUGGGUCAGGUAUACCUAUUUUGCAACAGAGAGCUGUGAAGGCACUGGUUGGGGUUGCUCUAACUUGGCCAAAUGAAAUUGCCAAAGAGGGUGGUGUAGCUGAGCUGUCAAAAGUAGUGCUACAAGCUGAUCCCUUACUUCCUCAUGCCUUGUGGGAGUCUGCGGCUUCCGUUCUUUCGAGUAUUCUGCAAUAUAGUUCAGAGUUUUAUUUGGAAGUGCCAGUAGCCGUGUUGGUGAGGUUACUUCGUUCGGGUUCUGAAAGCACAGUAGUGGGUGCACUAAAUGCCCUUCUGGUGUUGGAGAGUGAUGAUUCCACAAGUGCUCAAGCAAUGGCUGAAAGUGGUGCAAUUGAGGCUCUUUUGGAGCUUCUUCGAGCACAUCAAUGUGAAGAAACUGCUGCGAGGCUGCUUGAAGUGCUGUUGAACAAUGUCAAAAUUAGAGAAACAAAAGCAACCAAAUCUGCAAUCUUGCCAUUAUCGCAGUAUCUGUUGGAUCCACAAACCCAAGGUCAACAAGCUCGACUCCUGGCUACUCUUGCUCUUGGUGAUCUAUUCCAGAAUGAAGCUCUCGCUCGAACGGCAGAUGCGGUUGCAGCCUGUCGGGCAUUAGUGAAUUUGCUUGAGGAUCAGCCAACAGAAGAGAUGAAGGUUGUAGCUAUAUGUGCCUUGCAGAACCUUGUUAUGUAUAGCCGGUCUAAUAAAAGAGCCGUUGCAGAGGCUGGUGGUGUCCAGGUGGUGCUGGAUCUGAUCGGUUCUAGUGAUCCGGAAACCUCAGUUCAAGCUGCAAUGUUUAUCAAAUACCUUUUCGCCAAUAAUACCAUUCAAGAGUAUGCUUCAAGUGAGACUGUCAGAGCUAUUACUGCUGCAAUUGAGAAAGAAUUAUGGGCUACUGGAACAGUGAGUGAAGAGUAUCUGAAGGCUUUAAAUGCGCUCUUUGGUAACUUCCCCCGUUUGAGGGCGACAGAACCUGCUACACUGAGCAUUCCCCAUUUGGUUACAUCUCUUAAGACUGGUUCAGAGGCAGCACAAGAAGCUGCCUUGGAUGCAUUAUUCCUUCUCAGGCAAGCUUGGUCAGCAUGCCCUGCAGAAGUCUCUCGAGCACAAUCAAUAGCUGCUGCUGAUGCUAUACCAUUGUUGCAAUACCUGAUCCAAUCUGGCCCCCCUCGGUUCCAGGAGAAGGCAGAAUUCUUAUUGCAGUGUUUGCCGGGGACACUAAUGGUGAUAAUAAAGCGAGGCAACAACAUGAGGCAGUCAGUGGGCAACCCUAGUGUUUAUUGCAAGCUGACACUUGGAAAUACAGAACCUCGACAAACUAAGGUUGUAUCUACGGGUCCUAAUCCCGAGUGGGAUGAGAGUUUUGCGUGGUCCUUUGAAAGCCCUCCCAAAGGACAGAAACUUCACAUAUCAUGCAAGAAUAAGAGCAAAAUGGGGAAGAGCUCAUUCGGAAAGGUCACAAUCCAGAUUGACCGAGUGGUGAUGCUCGGUGCCGUGGCCGGCGAAUAUACUUUACUGCCAGAGAGCAAAAGCGGACCUUCAAGAAAUCUCGAAAUAGAAUUUCAAUGGUCCAAUAAGUAGAGCCCUUGAUGCGGGAGCGAGCAUACUACUAGUGUAAAAGGAAAGUUGCAAAUUAGAGCAAAUACAUGAUAAAUCUUUUUGUUUUCUUCAAAAACCAUUUUUCCUACAUAUUUAUUUGUAACAUUGUAUAUAGUGGUUAGUCAUCGAGUUCAUAAUUCUUUUGUAGUUUUGCAUUCGAAAUUGGAAUGUUCAUUUGUUACUCAUUUUUUUUUUGUAUCGAUAAUGUGUAGAUCUCUUACGAUAUUUUGUACUCAUUACUUGUGUCAACAUCUCAAAGUUAAAAAGUGUGUAUAAUGAUGUUUGGGGUUUCAUUAAUUAGUUGAUC